ACAACGAUUUAGGGUCAGUGUCUGAGACGGGAAGGUCGCCCCCCGCCGCCAGCCCCGGAUCCUCCUCUAUCACUAUCUCCCUCCCACUCUAUCUCGGUGUUUUAUGUCUGCGUCACAACAAGUCGGUGGAGAGCGAGAGGCAGGGAUGAUGGCGUCUCUGGCGGCUUGAUUCCGCUGCUGCUCUGACAAACCCGCCUUAAUAGCAUCAGUAGGUGGUGGCGGAGAGAGAGAGGGGGGCGAGAGCCAACGCGACGGGGAACAUGACGAAACGGCAUCGCGGAGGACGGACAAACUAGGCUGAGAGACGGACGGACGGACGGACGGACGGACGGACGCCGCGUCCCCAGCGCCGCCUCCCCCUCCUGCUCGCUGACGGCUUGACUGACACACACGGGCGCUCGGCUCAGACACGCAGGGACAUACAUGCACGUCAGCCACUUCUCGCAAACACGCAGGCUGCGCAUCCGAGCGAGCAGUAAUUGGGCAGCGGAGCUCCGCAGCAGAUGAGGGCAUUUCAUGUCCAGCCUGGCCAGGAAUCGCCGUGACCCCGACGGAAAGGAGUUCGACUUGACAGGAUGGGGGGAGUAAGCGAAGGAGAUGAUGUGUUAGCUCGAUGGAGUGAUGGGCUACUGUACCUCGGCAAUGUGAAAAGAGUAGAUGGAGUGAAGCAAUGUUGUCUGGUGAGAUUCGAGGACAACUCGGAGUUCUGGGUGCUGAGAAAGAACAUCCACUCAUUCGCUGCUGGAGUGGAAGAAGUUUGCUGUAUUUGUGACGCUCCGCCUCUUAAAGAACCUCUCAUAAAUUGUCUCAAAUGUCGCCACGGUUAUCAUCCCGAGUGCCACACACCAGCCAUCGAACCGGAAGCUGACAGCGAUUCGUGGAUAUGUCGGCAAUGUGUCUUUGCAGUCGCAACCAAGAGAGGCGGGGCCCUGAAGCGGGGACGCUUCGCGCGGCUCAUGCAGUUCAUGAAGCUGCGCCUGCCCUACCAGCUGGCGUCGCUGGACUGGGACCAGCAGCACCUGACCAACCAGCAGCAGUGCUACUGCUACUGUGCCGGACCUGGAGAGUGGAACCUGAAGAUGCUGCAGUGUGGAGGCUGUGGGCAGUGGUUCCAUGAGGCCUGCACCCAGUGUCUAACCAAGCCAUUGCUGUAUGGAGACAGGUUUUAUCAGUUCCAGUGUUCAGUCUGUACAAAGGGACCAGAGACCAUCCAGAGGCUGCCCAUGACCUGGGUGGAUCUGGCUCAUCUCGUGCUCUACCAUCUCUCGCUGUGCUGCAAGAGGAAAUACUUUGAUUUUGACCAUGAAAUCUUGUCCUUCACCAAUGAGAAUUGGGACUCGCUGCUGCUCGGCGCGCUCUCCGACACGCCAAGGCAGGACCGCUGUCAUAAUCUGCUCAACGCGCUGAACUCCCACAAGGACAGGUUUGUUUCUGGGAAGGAGAUCAAGAAGAAGAAGUGUCUGUUUGGGCUGCAGGUUCGAGCCCCGCCCCCGCUGACGUCCGACCCGUGCCCCCUCAUCACCGACCCGCCCGUCAACAUCGCGCACCGGAGAAGCCCACUGUCACUGCCCUGUCAGAGGAGAGUGGGGGGACCUGAGUCGCGAAAAUCGAAGCGUCGCAUCAUAGAGACACAGGCACCUCCAGUGGCUGCAAACCCCCUUGAGCUGCUGCCAUGUUGCCAUGGUUACAUGGGAGGGGCCGAUCUUUACAGUCCCAGGAAGGAGGAGGAGGAGCUGAGCUUGAGCUCUCCUCCCAAGCGGAUGCUCGCCCUGUACCACUCAGCUUACAACGGAAACGCGGCGCUCUCCAGGAGCCUCCAUCACUACAACAGUGUGGAGGAGACUUGCAGGUUGCCCUCGCCCUGUUUUCCGUACCCGCUCAGCUCCAACGGCAGCCAUCACCACCACCAGCACCAUCACAGCCACCAACACAGCCACCAGCACCAGCCCGGCCCCGGCCAGAAGCAGCAGCUGGAGCCCUACAUCCUGCGGGACCUGCCCCCCUACCAGGCGGGCGGUGGGGGUGGGGGAGGUGCAGGCGGAGGGGGAGGCGGAGGGGGAGGAGACGGCGGGGCAGACGGGACAGUGUCCAGGAGCUGGGGGGGAGGGGAGGCGGUGAGGAUCCUGGCCAGGCGGGUCACGCCGGACGGGAAGGUGCAGUACCUCGUGGAGUGGGAGAACGUGAGUUUGUACUGAGGCGGCGAGGAAACGGGACGAUGACUGGUCAGCGCUCGCCACAGGAACGUGUGUGCGACACGUGUCAGCGAAGGGCAAAGGAACCGAAGGAGACCAACCUCCCCACACGUUGCAAAUCCAGGUUGCUCCAUAGCAUCACCUCUAUUAGACAUGGUUAUAACCUCACUACUCGUGGAUAAAUGUCCCUCUUUGCUAGUGUUUCUCUGAUAUUUGUACUGUUAACUUUGGAAUAUGCCUUUGCAUUGAUCAUGUUUUACAUAGUCGAGGGAACGUAACUGAUACGUCUGCGUGGAUGAAAGAUCCCUGCUUUUUCAUUUAUCAGCCAACAAAUGCAGACGAAGCCGCUCAGGUGGAUGCUGCAGCCGGUUGAUUCCAUCUGCUCAGCUCUUAUGGUUCUCCUGCCUGCAGCUUCGUGUUUCACUGUGGCCUGGUGCUAAGUCCAGAUCACUUCUAAUUAACAAAAACAAGCCUUUCUUUGAGGAUUGAGAUCAUAAUUAUUUUUUAACCACGCUUGGCCUCAUAGUUUAGACUGUGAUCAUCAAACCGAUGUGAAGUAGCUGCUUGAAGAAUUAACAAUGGAACAUGGAACAGAACCGAAUAUGAACCAGCUGAUGGUUCGCUGUUCGCGUUCAUGAUGAACGGGCUGUCGUCGGCGAAGGGUGUGUUGGCAGGCGGCUACUGUCAGCUGUGAAGAAGCAGGGAGCUUUUAUUGGGCAGGAGAAAUGGAGCAGUGCGGUGCUGUGAUGCCAUGGCUUUCACCAUUCACCAUCUCAGAACCCGGCUGCUGGGACUGGGGCUCCACUGCGGAGGUUUACCUAUUUCUUCUCAUUGCAGUAUGUUAAUAUGAGAUUGUACACAGUUACAUAUUGUUACGUUAGAUUUUGUCAUACAUGAUUUCAAUUAAAACAAAUGUAUGUAUUAGAGCUAGAAGCCACCAGAGGGCUUUUGUUUUAUAGAUAGAAUAUAUAUUCACAGUAUAUUGUUAUGAUUGAAUAACUUCAUUUUAUUUUUUGAAGUGGAUGCAUAGUGCCUACAUGGGUUGUCUGCCUGCUGAUUGGCUGAACACACGAGGCCCUGUUGUUAAAACAAAGGAUGCACACGUGGGUAGAGUUCUCGAUCAGAACUGGACUGUGAUCUAACUGUACAUUCCAACUUACCACAAAAAAGGCUAUUUAACGUCAGGAGGCCGCAAAAUACUUUGAAAGAAAGUGGUUUUCUGUUUUUUUUUGUUUUUGCUUUUGUUUUAAUGAGCCCAACCUCCAGCUGUUCAUAUGUGAAGGUGAAGAAGACCCUGAAGCCCUUUGUGUCUAUCAGGGCUUUUAAUUUGAAAGGUAUCUAGGAAUCCUGUCCCUUCUCCUCAGAUGUGUUUUCGCAGGCAUGGGGGGUGCUGGUGUAGGUUUCCAUCGUUUCACAGACAGCGUACAUAAAUCUAGAAUACCGUGGUGCAAGUUUCAGAGUUUAUAUUUUAUACAGAGGUUUAUUUCAACAGUCUGUUCGAUAAAACGUACAGUCGUCAGUUUUAUCUUUGGAGAAACGCUCUAAUACGUUUAGAUGAAAAAAAGCAAAAGACAAACAGCAUUUGUACUGAUAUGUUCAAACCAAUGCAAAAAGGAUUUUCUUUAAGGACCCGCCUCUGUUGACUCAUGUCCUGCGAGUGUGCAGACGUUCCAGGCCAGUGGAAUGGCGUUUGCCUGCAGUUUCCACCUCCUCGGUGACUAUUUGACUGUAGUUGAUUAGGGAGGGCUGAUGAACCGUUCUAGGCGAUGGUGAUGAAUGUAUUUGUGUGUUUUCUAUGGUAUGUCUUUACCCGUCAAGUGCUCGUUCUAGGUCGUAGUAGGUGGAACUCAACGAGAUUAGUUCUAAAGAAAACAGGGGGAAAUAAAGACGCCAACAACAAAGAAACAACUUUUUUGGGGGAGAGAUAGUGUUCAGGUUUUUUUCGGAUUAGUGGUCAAGUCCAAGUUUAGUUUUAUGUAUUUUUGGAGGAAUUACGUUUGUACAUGUAUACUCUGCGUUGACACCUAAUAUGUAACAUGAAUAAUAAAAAAGGUUGUACCUCACUAAGUGUUGUGGCUGCUCACAGAUUAUUAGGGCACUUUUUAUACUCAAUUAGACAAGAUGAAUGGGUAUUUUUUUAACCUGGGUUGAUGUCAGACUGACUCUUCCUUUGUUACCGGUCGUGGCCACUGCAAGUGAGACUCAAGCCAGUGUUGCUGAGGAUCCCUCAAAAUGAAUAAAUUAAUCCGAUAAAUUGCAUCACAGCCAAACGUGUCCUGUAGGAGGGAUUAACUACUUUUUUUGGCAGAAACUGUAAUAAUGCUGCCAACACUAGAGGCAGAUGUUUAUUUUGUGUUUGUGCCAGAUACACUGGGUUUUCAAGAUGAAUGGAGAGGGCAGGCGAUGGCUCCAGAGACUAAUACUGCAUAAAUAUCUAAGUCGUGAUGUGACAUAGUGUAUUUUUAAACGCAGAAACAAAAAACAAUUGAAAUGUCUUUUUUUUUCUUUGUUGUUUUUUAUUUUUCUUCUGCUACUUUUUUUUUAUUUCAGUCAUUUCAGUCUAGUAUUAGUGCUGUAAAAACAACGGUGUGUGUUUAAAAAAACGAUAUAUGUUUAUAGGUUGCUGCAAAAUCUUUAUAAAGCGAGUUCUAAG